ACGGGGAGGAGUGGGACAGGCAAAUGUAGAGUCGGUCCGAACCGCAUUUCAUUGCUGCAGUGUUUAUCACGUUUUUCUGACUCACUUUACUUUCUCCGGUGGCGGACUGUCGGCACCGCAGAGAUAAUCUCGUAGAUAAGUCCAGUUUUUCCGUCAUUAAAAAUAAAAUUGUUGUCUUUCCAGAUGUUGUUGACAGGAGACGCACCGACAACGGACAGUGCUUGUUUUAUUGAGGUGCCUUUGGACUGCUGAAGUAUCGGGUCACCUGAGACACAUUUCACUUCCUCGUUAUCGGGACGUCACUUGUUGUUUAUUUCAUCAAUGGGAGUUUGUCUGCUGUCACUCAGAUGAAAACGGCGGCCGGACUGUAGAAAAGACACCUGUUACCGUCUCAAACGUCCCCUGUUUGUCUGCAAAAGGGUACUGUAGGUGUGUGUGGGUGUGUUUGCCAGCUCUAAUGACUGAAGCUAGAAAACUGUGAGAGGACUGAAUCGCCUCAUUAUGACAGAGGUCCAGACUCCGUGGCCUCAGGGCACAGAGUGUGUGGCCAGGUACAACUUCAAGGGCACCUCAGAACAUGACCUGCCCUUUAACAAAGGAGAUGUGCUGACUAUUAUCGUCGUCACGAAGGAUCCAAACUGGUACAAGGCAAAAAAUGUUGCAGGUCGCGAGGGAACAAUUCCAGCCAACUAUGUUCAGAAAAGGGAAGGUGUGAAAUCUGGAGGGAAACUGAGUCUAAUGCCAUGGUUUCAUGGGAAGAUAACACGGGAUCAGGCAGAGCAGUUGCUUUACCCACCUGAAACAGGACUGUUUUUGGUGCGAGAGAGCACAAACUUCCCCGGGGACUACACCCUGUGUGUUGGCUGCGAUGGCAAGGUGGAGCACUACCGCAUCAUCUACCACGACGGCAAACUCACUAUCGAUGAUGACUUGUUCUUUGAAAACCUCAUGCAGCUGGUUGAGCACUACACCAAAGAUGCAGACGGCCUGUGCACCAAACUGAUAAAGCCGAAGCUGGAGGAGGGGACGGUGGCCGCUCAGGAUGAGUUUUCCAGGAGCGGCUGGUCAUUGAGCAGAAAGGACCUCAAGCUGCAGCAGGUUAUUGGAAAAGGAGAGUUUGGAGAUGUGAUGGUGGGAGACUACAGAGGGACUAAAGUAGCUGUGAAGUGCAUAAAAAAUGAUGCUACAGCACAGGCCUUUAUUGCAGAGGCUUCGGUCAUGACGCAACUACGGCACAAUAACCUGGUGCAGCUGCUUGGAGUGAUUGUAGAGGAGAAUGGGAGUCUAUUUAUAGUCACUGAGUACAUGGCCAAGGGCUGUUUGGUUGACUACUUACGUUCUAGAGGCCGGACGGUGCUUGGUGGAGAUGCUCUCCUUAAUUUUGCACUAGAUGUCUGUGAAGCCAUGGCAUACCUGGAGGCCAAUAACUUUGUCCACCGAGACUUAGCAGCCCGCAAUGUUCUUGUGUCAGACGACAACAUCGCCAAAGUCAGUGACUUCGGUCUGACCAAGGAGGCCUCUUCCACCGAGGACACUGCUAAGCUUCCCGUGAAGUGGACGGCACCAGAGGCCCUCAGGGAGAAGAAAUUUUCCACCAAAUCAGAUGUUUGGAGCUACGGUAUUUUGCUUUGGGAGAUUUACUCUUUCGGCCGAGUGCCUUACCCGAGAAUUCCAUUAAAAGACGUUGUGCCUCGAGUGGAGAAAGGAUACAAGAUGGACUGUCCAGAUGGCUGUCCUGAAGUAGUGUAUAACAUCAUGAAACAGUGCUGGAAUCUGGAUCCUGCUGCUCGACCAAGCUUUCAGAUGCUGAGGGAGUGGCUACAACAUAUCAACCGAGGGAUGGAAAAAAAACAGUGAGAGAUAUGACAGAACAGACAAAAAAGUGACAUUUCUUCUUCUUCAUUUUGACCGCUUGGACCAUAACCAGGAUGAAAAAAACUCUUAUUUGACAAAACAAAAUUUGUUUUCACAUGUUGUCCUCAAAAUGUCUAAGUUUACUUUUCUGAAGGUCCUUUGUCACCUUAAGUUUUUGAAACUGCAGUAGCUCUUACUGACUGGCUCAGUUGCGCUAGUAAAUUAUCAAGAGUGAACGAUUAACUGUCAUGUUAAUGAAUCUUUCCUUAGAACACAGUGCUGCCUCAGAGCCACAGUGCCUUGACCUGUUUUUUUUAUCUUAUAUGUUUGACAUCUUUCACAUUGAUGUCCUUGCUCAUGGUAAUGGUAUGAUUUCAUUUUAUCACCUUUAAACAGUAACAUCAUUUGACGAAGUUCACUGAAUCCAUUGCAUCUGUUGGAAGAGGCAAAACAGUUCAAAGGCAGGAAUACAAUUAUGUUAUGUUAUUAUUUACUGUACUGUUUUUGACAGUUUCUAGGUACAUCUUUUUGCAUGAAUGUUGAAUUAUUUUGAUAAAAGGACUAAGUUAAAAAUGACCAAUUGUGCAGCUCUGUAAGUCUAAAAAAGAAGCUCAAGUUUGGACAACCUUUACUACUGAUACAGUAACACCAUUCAACUCAGGCAUGAAGACAUUCCCAUGUACAGAAUUUGCUAUCUUAAUUAAAUAAAUGUUUUAUUUUUAGGAAACUUUGGGUUUAACCAAAUUGUAUGGAGCUUGUAUGCAAUGAAAAAAUAAGAAUAUUAAUAAAUGUACUGUGUUUCCAUUUUCAACAAUAAAAAAAUAAUCUAUUUUGAAA